CACAUGUGUGUAUUAACGGCGUAUCUGAAGAAGGCAGCGAUACAUUGGUUGAGGGAGCGUUCUAGAAAGGCGAAGCUCGACGGAGGCGAGGAAAAAUGUUGUCAGGUCUAUCGAAAUGGCUUGUGGAUCCGAAGCGCAACCCCCUCGCGGCUAUUCACAUGAAGACCAUAUCCAAUCGCUUGCGGAAAUACGGUCUCCGACAUGACGAUUUGUACGACCCGAUGUACGAUCUUGAUGUGAAGGAGGCGCUGAAUCGGCUACCGAGAGAGAUCGUCGAUGCCAGGAAUCAGCGCCUCCUGCGAGCUAUGGACAUUUCAAUGAAGCACGAGUAUCUUCCAGAAAAUCUCCAGGCUAUGCAGACGCCAUUUAGGAACUAUCUUCAGGAUAUGCUGACUCUUGUUAAGAGGGAGAAUGCUGAGCGUAAAGCACUCGGUGCAUUGCCACUUUAUCAGCGCACCCUUCCUUGAGUUCGAUUGAUUCCAUCAUUGAAUAAAGGCAAGGUAAUCUUGAUCCCUUUCUGAGGCUGGACUCUCACUCAGUUUGAAUUUUCAACCUCUUUUCUUAUUGUUUGGUUCUUGGGUUUUAAGCAUAUCAUUUAAUAAUGUUGGAUUGAUUAGUUGUUGCUGCUAUCUCCAUAAAUCUGGAAAAAUGGCUGCAUUUUCUGAAGGAUUAUGUUUUAUUUUAUCAGGAUUUUUAUUUAGGUUCUCUCACAGUUGUUUGAAGUAAUAAGAAGGUGCAUGUGUUAAUAAUG